AUGCAUCAGUCCGCUUACUUGACCAGAUCCGAUUACAAUGCUGAGCUAGAGGCCCCCUGCAACGACCUAUCUGAUCGGAUAGUGCUGACAAAAGGUGAAAUAGAGCAAGGUGUGACUUAUGCGCAAGAAGAGCGGAAGGCAUUAGGAGCCUUUUCUCGCCGGCCAGCGCCAGAGUACUACGGUAUUUAUCCUUCUUAUAAAGAGGAGAAGCUGAUUGAGCAGGCCCACAAGGUUCCGAGGGCCGGGGUGAUUGUUCGGGACCCUGCACUUGAUGAUUCUAAGAUACAGGUGGACACCACAGUUAAGAGCCACGAUUUCCUUUUGCCAGAUUCUACUGAUCAACCGCCUGUUAAGACACUCACUGAAUUAAAGGAGCAGCGCGCCAAACGCUAUCAAGUUGAAGCCGACAAGACCAUCGCGGAGACCUCAAAGUACUUCAAGCAGCGCCAUCAGAAAUACACUCAAUAUCAGGAUAGGAUUAUCGCACAAGCCAAUCUCAGUAGCUCUGAGGGCCGAGAGCCUAUGACUCAACGGGCAUUGAUGCUUGCUCGUCGUCGCGAGCUUAUAGAGGAGACAAAGCAAGCAUGCGAUCACAAAUUUACUGUGCAGAAGGAUCUGGACAGACCACCAUGGGAGCUUGAUAAUGCCUCCGAGGUCCCCUUCAUCAAUCCACAAGACACAACCUGGAAGCCUUACCAUGAUCGUGGCAGACUGUAUGAAGAGGUGCUUAAGAAUUCCAAAACGCGACUACUCUAUGAGAACUACAGGGAGGCCCUGGCUCGCGCACCUUUGUGCCAAGCUUCUAGCGAGGGUGACGUUUUGAUUCCGGUGCCUUUCCAGCUUGCAGACCAGCCUCCUGGUAGCAUAGAGUCUCUCGCACGGAAGGAACGGCGUGCCAAGAGUGACAGCAAGCUGCUUCCAUCUAUUGUACGCGAGCCCUUUCCAGAGAGUAGACGCCCAGAGGUGUACCGACCAAUACACAGUGUUUUCUCUAAAAUGCGGGCACAGGAGCUUAGCCAGAAGAGCUUUUUAGAGUCUGUUAAGAUUACGGAGACGCCUGAAGACUACGCUCCUAUGUACUCCUCCUUUACGAAGGAUAACUACUAUCGCGAGCCAAUGCUCCCUCAGAUACGCAAUAACGCGAAACCUCCCGCCACCAACGUCAUUAACCAGCGGCGAGGACGCCAUAUAGUUGUUUUGCAGGAAUCCACAGGGCAGCUCAGUGCCACCCCAGAAAACAUAGGAACAGCGAGACUUCUCACUGCCCCUCCAGUGCUUUUCGAGUAA